GUUCUCCGCAACCUGCGACGCCAUAUUGUCGAAAAACACCCUUUUCCUAAAACGCCUGAAAACUCCUCUCUGCCAGAAUGCUGUACCUAGAGGACUACCUCGAAAUGAUCGAGCAGCUUCCCAUGGAUCUCCGCGACAGGUUUACGGAAAUGAGAGAGAUGGACCUCCAAGUGCAGAAUGCCAUGGAUCAGCUAGAGCAGCGGGUUAAUGAGUUCUUUACUAAUGCAAAGAAGAACAAGCCUGAAUGGAGGGAAGAACAGAUGGAAAUCAUUAAAAAGGAUUAUUAUAAAGCUUUGGAAGAUGCCGAUGAAAAAGUCCAGUUAGCCAAUCAAAUUUAUGAUCUGGUUGAUCGUCAUUUGCGGAAGUUGGAUCAGGAGUUGGCAAAGUUCAAAAUGGAGUUGGAGGCUGACAAUGCUGGCAUCACAGAGGUCCUGGAGAGACGAUCUUUGGAGAUGGACAGCCCCUCCCAACCUGUCAAUAACCACCACGUUCACUCACACGCCACUGCUGAGAAGAGGAAGUAUAGCACACCAGCCCACCACACUACUGAACACGUACCAGAGAAGAAGUUUAAAUCAGAGGCCCUGCUCUCCACACUCACAUCAGAUGCCUCUAAAGAAAACACACCAGGCUGCAGAGUGAACAGCACGUCGUCCUCUAACAGCGUGUAUAACGUAAACUCCUCUCAGUCUCUUCCCUCAUACAACCCACUUCCUGCCGGGCCUGCUGCAGGAGCGGGGGCUAUUUCCAUGGCAGCAGCCCAGGCAGUGCAAGCUACCGCACAGAUGAAAGAGGGCAGGAGAACGUCCAGUCUCAGGGCCAGUUACGAGGCCGUCAAGAAUAAUGAUUUCUUGGGGCGUGAGUUUUCUCUGAGCAGGGACUCCAGUGGUUACACGUCUUCUGCAUUAGCUAACACACUCACACAGCCCCUCACGUCCAGCAACAGCUCAGACGCCCGCACGGGACGCAAGACCAAAGGCAACACAAAGUCUUCCAACCACCAGUCCUCUUCGUCAUCCUCUUCCUCCUCACUGUCGUCCUGCUCAUCAUCCUCAGCAUUGGCUCAUGAACUAGUACAGACCACCAUCACAGAGACCGACACCAGCAGCCAGGUGGACUGGACAUAUGACCCCAAUGAACCCCGAUACUGUAUCUGUAACCAGGUGUCAUACGGAGAGAUGGUCGGCUGUGAUAACCAAGAUUGUCCAAUCGAAUGGUUCCACUACGGCUGCGUUGGCUUGACUGAGGCACCUAAAGGGAAGUGGUACUGCCCACAGUGCACGGCUGCCAUGAAGAGAAGGGGAAGCAGGCACAAAUAAAUCCCAAAAUCAUUACCGCCACGAAACUCUUGGAAAUUGCCGUCCCCCUCAACCAAGACUUAUCUGCACUCUAUUAAAACUCUCCAAGAUGCAGUGAGCUUCACUGAGAGUGUACAUGUUACAUCGUCAUGCAAUCAGGGUUUGUGGAUAUGCGUGAGUGAAAUGUGUAUGACAGAAAGAUGUGGCUGGUGUGUGUUAGUCACAUCCAGAUCAGGAGUUUUACUUGGUGAAUCCGUCUAGAAGCACACUGCCCUCAAGACUGUUGUUUUUAUUUCUUCAUCUUCAUUAAUCUGUAUGAAAGGGGACAUCCAAGUUGUUUUUUUGGAAACCUAUGUAUUUUAACAUUCAAGACAUUCCUCGGCUUGCCAUGCAUAAUCACACCUGGCAGAGUAUGGAUUGACAUGAUUCAGACUGGGAAUUGUAGUCCUGAUGGAUUACAUAAUAUCAGAGACAUUCAAUUGGAGCUCUGACAAAUCUUACAGGAUCCUGAUAUGAACAGAUGAUGACAGAAGCAGUGAUUAUCAUCACUGAAGCCUAUAGUUCGUGUUGCUUCCAAGUGAAAACUUUCAUUGGUUUAUUUGUGUGUAAUGGAUAGAUGAUGUAUUGUGCUCCACUUACAGGAUCAAAAGUUUCUUAAUUCUUAGCGAGGAGCUCUUAAACUGUACAAUUCACAAAAUGAACAACUGCGACCUGUGUGUAUGUUUGUGUGUCUGUGUCUCUAGCCUGUACUGAAGUGGUGAUGCAAAGAUUUGAGAGAUGUAGAGAGAGAAAAAAAACAAUAAAAUGAUCGAGAACUUUUGGUACUCGCUGUCUCAAAAGGACAUUGAAA